GUGUGCGCGCGCGGCGGAAUUGAAUGAAGGCUGUGCGCUCGCAGGGCCGGGGCCGGCGAGGACUGGCUGGGGUCAGAACCCGGCCUCACUCUCAGCCUGCCUCUCUUCUAGAAGGUCUUACCUGGCUCCUGCUGUCAUUGCUGCUGCUUCCUCUGGGCCUCCCAACCCCCCUGGACGUCCCCCAGAGCCUCAUCUGUGACAGCAGAGUCCUGGAGAGGUACAUCCUGGAGGCCAAGGACGCUGAGAAUGUCACGAUGGGUUGCAUGGAACACUGCAGCCUGGGUGAGAACAUCACCGUCCCAGACACUAAAGUGAACUUCUAUGCCUGGCAGAGGAUGGAGGUGGGGCAGCAAGCCGCAGAGGUGUGGCAAGGUCUGGUGCUGCUAUCAGAAGCCAUCCUGCGGGGCCAGGCCCUGCUGGCCAACUCCUCCCAGCCAUCAGAGACCCUGAGGCUGCACAUGGACAAAGCUGUCAGCGGCCUGCGCAGCCUCACCUCCCUACUCCGCACCCUGGGGGCUCAGAAAGAACCCAUCUUGCCUCCAGAUGCAGCCUCCCCUGCUCCACUCCGAACAUUCACUGUGGAUGCUCUGUGCAAACUCUUCCGGGUCUACUCCAAUUUCCUCCGGGGGAAACUGAAGCUGUACACAGGGGAGGCCUGCAGGAGAGGGGACAGGUGACCAGGUGCCUCCCACAGGCUCGUCCACCACCACUGCCACCACUGCCACCACCACUCCUGCCUGUGCCACGCCUCCCCUCCAUCACUCCCAAACCCCCAGGGGCUGUCUCCCUAGCGCCAGCCUAUCACACGGACACUCCAGUGCCAGCAGUGACAUCGUGGGGGCCAGAGAAACUGUCCAGAGCUCAGCUCUGACAUCUAAGGAUGUCGCAGAACCAGCCUGAGACCCAGAUCAGCAGGAAUACAGAGACUAGCUUGAAACUCGGGCAGAGCUGCAUGGGGAGAACCCCAGACUCACUCGGUGCCCUGCAGAACUAUGACACCAGCACAAGCUCUGGAGGCGAUGCUUCUGCAUGCACCAAACAAGGACAGGAUGGACUGGAGAAUUUAGAUGGCAAAUAUGAAUUCUCCAGGUCUCAUGGGGACUCCCACGGCCACAGGGCCCACUGGGCAAUGGGGUGGUAGGAGCUAGAACGAUGGGACAGGGGCUGGCUCCUGGCUCUCAUGGGAGUGUGUGUGCAAGUUUUUUGUGUUUUUAAAA